AUGGAGCAAGUUACUGCUGGUCUGGACUAUGUAGCAUGUUACUUGGAUGACAUCAUCGUCACUGGAACUACGUUAGAGCACCAUCUUUCCAACCUAGCGAAGGUUUUCCAGUGUCUCAGUGAUUUUGGUUUCACUCUAAAGAAAGAAAAAUGCGCCUUCUUCAAGCAAGAAGUCGAGUACCUGGGCCAAAUCGUUUCAAAGGAAGGUUUUCGACCAUCGCCCAAGAAGAUUUCAGCUAUACUGAAUAUGCCCGAACCACGUAACGUUUCGGAACUACGAGCGCUAUUGGGCAUGAUUCAGCACUAUAACCGGUACAUACCUGGAUUGGCAGACAUCUGCUCACCAUUUCACGAGUUGCUCCGUAAAGAGUCUCGCUGGUGCUGGUCUUCCGAAUGCGUCGAAGCUUUUGAGACGGUGAAGCUCAAAUUAUCAGCGCCCGAGUCCUUAGCGCACUACGAUCCAGCAAAACCACUGUUUCUUGCUACUGACGCAUCAUCCGAAGGAUUGGGGGCAGUCAUCUUUCAUAGGAUUGAUGGCAAGGAGCGUCCCAUCGCCCGCGCUUCCAAAACGCUCACCUCUGCCGAGAAAAAGUACGCUCAAAUUGAGCGAGAAGCGCUUGCCAUCAUCUUCGGCGUCAAGAAGUUCCAUGAGUACUUGUGGGGACGAAGGUUCACUCUGUACACGGACCACAAGCCUUUGACAACCAUCUUUGGUCCGUACAAGGGGAUACCGGUAACGACCGCCAAUCGUUUACAGAGGUGGGCCCUCAUCCUAAUGAGUUACUCAUACGACAUUAUCUACAAGCCAACGACAGACAUUGGAAAUGCUGACGGCUUGUCACGCAUAGCAGUAGGGCCGGAUCCGCUAUUCGACAAGUUGAUCCAGGAGGAAGUCAACCACGUUGAUGUUCCGCCGUCUCAUCUUGCCGAUAUCAGUUUCCCUAUCUCUGCUGAUGACAUUGCCAAGGAAACAGCUAGCGAUCCUCUCUUUUCACGCCUAUACCGGUACAUUCUGGAAGGAUGGCCUUCUCAUGUACCUCCGGAUGCUGAACCGUUUGCUGCCCGACAAACUGAGCUCACAGUGCUUAGCGACUGUAUCGUCUGGGGGAUGCGAACGGCGACUCCGAAGAAGUUCAGGUCUAAGGUCCUAGAUGUCUUGCAUUCCGGUCACACCGGCCAGACGAAGAUGAAGAUGCUUGCCCGGUCUUACGUGUGGUGGCCGAAGAUAGACAAGGACAUUGAGACCUUAUGCCGUACUUGUGAAGAAUGUGCAGAGUUCAGUGAACAAAAGUGGCCUGUUCCUCUCCACCAAUGGGAGCCUCCAGCUGGACCAUGGGUUCGCGUUCAUUGUGACUUCGCUGAAUUCAAACAUCAGCAUUUCCUCAUCACUAUCGACGCCUACAGCAAAUGGCCUGAGGUGGCGUACAUGCCGACAACUUCUGCCUCCGCCACCACGACAUCGCUGCAAGACAUCUUCGUCCGCCAAGGGUUUCCUGAGCAGCUGGUUACAGACAAUGGACCACAAUUCACCAGCCAGACCUUCAAGGAUUUUGUAACACAGCAUGGCAUUCAACACGUUCUUACACCGCCUUACCACUCAAAGUCAAACGGACAAGCAGAAAACUUCGUCCGUACAUUUAAGUCCGCCUUGCGGAGGGGAGGAACAACCAAGGACGGAAUUCAGAAGUUCCUGACGCAGUACCGCGUCACUACACAUGCAACGACAGCAAAAUCUCCAUCUAUGCUCCACAUGGGAAGGCAAAUCAGAACGGGUAUUGACCUCUUGCGACCCGCCUUAGACACACACCGCCUGCAUGCUGCGACCAGGCAGAAACGGAAUUACGACCGGAGUGCGCAGGACAGACUUUUUUUUAGGUUGGCCAACCAGUUUGGGCUGCUGAUCCGAUGGACAGGCGACACUGGGUUAAGGGAUUCAUAA